AGCAACAUGCGCAUAAUCUGCAUGUCUAUAUGUCGACAUCUGGCUUCUAUUUUCGGGAUUACAAAUGUAGAAGUGGAGUGGAGUGAAGCCAUUCAAGUAAAACUCUCUCUCCUCUUUCUCUAAACAUGGAAACUACUGAGAGCGAGAAACAAAACAUGAAUUCCAAUGUGACAGUUUCUGAGUCUGAUGGGAAGAGCUUGCUGGAGAACUCGGAGAUUGAGAGCUUCUAUCAGAGACUUAUUAAGCUGCAUAAUUCAUCUGGGAUCAACCUUGUUUUUGAUCUCAGACAAUCAAUGCUGGACUUGCAUUUGUGUUACAAAGAAGUUACUGCAAGAGGAGGGUUUAUUCAGGUUACCGCUGAUGAGAGAUGGGGUGAAGUUGCACUCGCCUUAAAGUUGGAUGGGGACAAUCUGCAGGAUCCUCAACCUCUCCUAAACCUUUAUGUACACAUUCUCUACCAGUAUGAAAAACUUUACUACUACAGGGAACCUCAUGUGAAAGCUGCUUUUACUCUAGGUCAUGCUUUUUAUAAUAUUGGGGAUGUCUCAGCAAUUGAAAGGAAGUGUACGGACAAUUCAUCCCAGAUGUUACCGAAUUUUGAAAAUACUCUUGUGGAGAAGAAGGUGGCGAAGGAGAAUUGGCAACCAACAUUGAUAGGUUCUACAUCUGCAGAACAGAAGCGGUUCCCCCAGCUGCACUCACAGAAGAAAGAGAUGAAAAGACGUCGUGGUUUUCCACGAGGGACACAAAGUGCUUAUACUAUCUUCCUCAGGAAAGAAUGCGAGCGGUUGAAAAAUUCUGCUUCAGAGCAACUUAAGGGUCAAAGGAUCUUAGACUUGGCCGUCAAGGCAUGGAGGUGCCUCUCCGAGAGUGAGAAACAGCCAUAUAUUGAGGCAAGUAAGAGGGUUAAUGAAAAAAGAGCAGCUCAAGAAAUGAUGGCUGAUGAGGAAAACCAUGGCAUGCAAAAUGCAGAAAGAGGGAAGAAGCCUUCACAAUCACACAACGGGAACUGCCGCGCGGCAUUGCAAUCUGAUACGGAAAAAUCCUGUGUUCAAAAUCAAGCAGUGAAUUUUCAAGAAAGUCUCCUAGAAGGGAUCUACUGGAGUAAGUAAUGUCGUUCACUCAAGGACUCAAGAAUUUCAGGGGGGGGGUUGUUUUUGAAAUCGGAAACUCUUUAUAUUCCGGGGAAGGUGGAUCUUGAACAUUUCAUAGAUAUGUUACAAUCUUGUCGAUCUUUUCGUGUAUAUUUUGUAAAUGCGUUCCCUCUUGAUGGAAAUGUGUGGUAAGUCUAGCCUUCAUAUUUUUGG